AUGAUUCUGAGUCAAACGAUGGUUGCUGAUGCUGAGAUCAGGGUUCUCGACGUUAAGUGCCAUAUCUCCGCCGGUAAAGAACCGAAGAAUUUUCAGAUCGAAGAAGUUCGAGUUUCUGAGUCUGUACGUGCUGAGAUUUCGGGUUCUGCUGAAACUCCUCGAUUUGGAUCGGGCAUGAGUUGUGCAACUACUACUAUUGAGGAACCCACCAGUGAGUUUACCCCGAAUAUACGUUCAGGGAGCUUUUCCGACAUUCGAAGCCGAGAAACCAUGGAGGACGAACACAUUUGCAUAGAUGACUUAUCAGCUCAUUUUGGAUCCUUCAACUUCUCGGUACCAAGUGCUUUCUAUGGUGUGUUUGAUGGUCAUGGUGGACCUGAGGCAUCACUUUACAUGAAGGAGAAUUUGACAAGAUUGUUCUUUCAGGAUGCUGUGUUUCCGGAGAUGCCCUCCAUUGUGGACGCCUUUUUCUUAGAAGAACUGGAGAACUCUCACCGAAAAGCUUUUGCUUUGGCUGAUCUCGCCAUGGCUGAUGAACGCAUUGUGAGUGGUUCAUGCGGGACUACCGCCCUUACCGCCCUCAUAAUUGGACGACAUCUUCUGGUUGCUAACGCUGGAGAUUGCCGUGCUGUGCUAUGCCGGAGAGGAGUGGCUAUUGAUAUGUCUUUCGAUCACAGAUCAACUUAUGAACCAGAACGAAGGCGGAUUGAAGAUUUAGGAGGAUAUUUUGAGGACGGGUACCUCAACGGGGUCCUUGCGGUCACACGGGCCAUUGGGGACUGGGAACUAAAGAAUCCUUUCGCUGACUCCUCUUCACCUCUGAUCUCAGACCCAGAGAUUCAACAGAUCAUUCUAACAGAGGACGACGAGUUCUUGAUUUUGGCAUGUGAUGGUAUAUGGGAUGUGUUAUCAAGCCAAAAUGCAGUGAGUAACGUAAGGCAAGGACUUAGGAAGCAUGGCGACCCAAGACAAUGUGCGAUGGAACUUGGAAAAGAAGCAGCUAGGCUUAACUCAUCAGAUAAUCUGACGGUUGUAGUCAUCUGCUUCUCCUCAGUCCCGUCUUCACCUCAACAUUCGCAGAGGAGAAGAUUAAGGUUCUGUGUUUCUGAUGAAGCUCGAUCUCGGUUACAGGCUAUGCUUGGAGGCGACUGA